UACAGAAUUGGCAAAAGCUAAUAUGAUUUUUGGCUGUUUUACAGUUCAUAGCUUUAUAUUGUUAAAACCUCGUGAGUAUCUGGUGGUGCUUCUAAUAUUUAUGUUUUCAUUAAGCAUGUAAAGCUUGAGCUUGGUAGGAGAAGGUUUAUGGAAGAUUGGUCAAUUGGUUUGGAGAAAAUAUUAACUCUUAGGAAAGAAACCCCGGUUGUGUAUCUUAAACUAUCUGAAAUAUAAAACAAUUUCUGUGGAUAUCAUGACCUUCCAUUAGAACUGCUCCAAUAAUAAAUGGAGGAUGUUCCAUGAACGAUGUCAUACCACAUCAUCCAAAACCGGACAAUUUACCAGUUGAAACAUCACUUUUUCCAUCGAGCUACUGGGAAACACCAAACAGUAGCGUAAAUAACUGAUAAUCUGCUAACGUGGAUGUUAUAUUAAUGUAUUCAUACAACAACAUAUGUAUUCAACAUACAAAACCCUUCAGUAGUACAUGUCUCCAAUACCAGACCUAAUGGGAUCCUUGUAUUCUUUUACUAAGGCUGCUUCCAAAUUAAUGGUUCCCUUCCGGGCUCUAUUAUUAAAAUGGCACCAGAUCAAGAUAUUGUUUUGAGUAGACAUUCAAAUUCUGUAUAGUAAUCCAGGAAGUAACAUAAUGUAUUUGCAAACACAUUGGUAAAAAAAAAACACUUUGCCGGGUAAAGCCCAACACUGCAGAUAUCACAUUGAAGGAAUGAAUUCAUUUGAACAAAUCUAAUAGUAUUUCAUUCAAUUGAUAUUGUUUUGUUACGAAAAAAGGUUGUUGGUUUUAGGCAGUAAUUUAAAAGUCAUCCAAAGAGCAAUACAGAACGCGAGGGACUGAGUGACUCCGGGAUACUUGUGACGAAUAAACAUGAAUGGCGUCCCGCGUUCAAACAGAAUACAUCAUGGUGUACUUCACAAGGCUCUUUUAAUCACCACAUGUGUCAAAAGGCACCCAUAGUGCAUGAGCAUUGAAGAAGGGUUACGCAAAAUCUGUCUGAUGUUUUAUUUUAAAAGCAUUUUCAGUUUAAUUAUCGCUCAUGGUAACUUUCUUUUACGAGUCUAUUGACGCCAGAAUACUAUUAGAAUUUUUGCCCGUUAUCUAGUUACUAUAUAUGGCCCUGCGGAGGGCUGUUGAAUUGAGAUAUUCAAGGACUUCUAAAUAAUUGAGCUCAUACAGCAAUUUGAUGUGGGUGUGUGGCUGAUUAACACUUUCACUUAAGAAUUAUACACUAAUUGCAGAUGAUGAAAACUCUACAGAGAUAUUUAUAAUGUUCUCUUUCCCCGCUUUUCUCUCAAAGUCAAGAUUUACAAUUGCUUUAACGCAUGAGCAUUAUUCCGUUAGGUUUGCAAUGAUAAUGAAGAUGUGUUUUGGCGCAUUGCUACAAAAGAAGUAUAAAGACUAAAUAUUGAUGAUCCCUUUAUCACAACACUGCUCAUACUGUAUGUGUACUGCUUGCCUCGUCAUUUUAAUGCAAAUUAGUCUUAUUUUCUAUUUUCAUAUGUAUUACAAUAUUUAUUUGAUAAAUACUUCUAAUCAUUUGUAAUAGAGUUUUUACAAAUAAACUGCCCUUGAUUAUGUCCUUGUACUACUAUAACAGCUGAAUUUAUCUUCGGAGGAUGAAUGAAAGUAAACAUAAUGGUGGUGUAGAGAAAUAUAAAAGAUAAGAAAAUAAAUGAGGAGGCGUAUUUUGUCUCAAUACAGUUUCUGGAUAAGACAUUGUUGAUUCUUGUUCUGCGGUUGCUGGGGAACAAUCAGAACAAAAGCAUUCUUCAUCUGAUAUUUUAAAAACACUCAUGUAUUCCUAUUUGUUUCUCUGCUAACUCUGUUUCACAACAUGCCAAAGAGAAGAUUUAAACUCUUGACUCAUCAGGAAAAUCAACUGAGAUGGAUUCUGCAACAACGAAACCUGGAGUUGUAAACCAACAGAGGGGAGUCGACACCAGAGUCAGCGUCGAUACACAGACCGACUGGGGACACGAGGACGACUGCAGUCGAGAACACCGAGAAACAUCAAAAGCUCCUCAAAAGACCUUGGGAUUGACAUGCGAGCAUCUGAGAGCGUUGCAGUGCAGUCGAUACCCAGAGGACGGUUUACAACGACAAACUCACGAUGAGAGCGUUCCUGAAAACAUGAAGUCUGAGUUGGAGACGUCCCCAGAUAAUGAAGUGUUGGAUUCGCUCAGCGAGGAAACUCCACAAAAUCCCGCAGCCUGCCAAGGAGAAACUGAGGGGUCUUUAACUAACCUGGACAAGAUCCCAAGUGUAUCAGAGUCAUCAAAAGAGUCGCCUCAGACUGUGAGGAACAAGAAACCCAGAGACACCAGUGAUCAGAGAGCCGACCCUGGCCCCCCGAAAGAGGCACGGGAGCUAUCAGAGAUUGUGCUGGAGGGUGCAGCGGUUAUUACGAAGGAAACCGUGACUGACAGAGACCAAGCGAUGCAAAAAGAUCAAAGGUUGGAAGGUUUGGAAUUUGAAAGGAGCUCAGAUUGUCAGACCCCUGAAGCAGGAGACGAACAAGUAUGGGCCAACCGGCUCAAUCGAUUAUUGGAUGACGCUUGGACUCCCGUAGAUGUCGUGGAUUUUGAGAACAUUUUCUCUUUCAAUGGAAAUAAAUAUAGACACAAGCGGACAAGGCCACUUGUCGAACAUUACGACAACGGUCAAACAUUUACUGUGAUAUUUCCGGACGGAACCGGGCAGGUGCGCUAUCCAUCGGGAAGGCUGGCCGUCAUUCUCACCGCUUCUCCGUCUGCCGACUGGUGCUGCGUGGUGGUGCUGGCGGACGAUCUACGGCCUCACGUUCAGGCCGUCUUCACCACCAGAGGACAUGGCACAUGCUAUCAUGACAGUAGCUGUAUUUGGGUAAACCUGACUCCAUGGGGAGGCACUUACUGCAGUGACACAGGAGCUCUGAAGAAGCAGUGGGCCUGGCUGGACAAUCGGCACCAUGUUCACGCUCCACCCUACCGGGCCCUGCGCCUGCCACUGAGCCCCAACCUCCACAUCCACGUGCAUUCCCAGGAGGACAUCCGCGUCGCCUUCACCCGCGGAAAACGCAGCGUGCGGCUCAACGUGGGGUCGAAGUUGAAACCGGAUCAAGACAGAGAUUCAACGCCGCCGGGGCCGGAAAUGUUCCAGGAAUAUCUGCAGGAGAAGAGCGCGGAGAUCCGUGUCCUGCUCCAGAACAUCCGGUCCAUACUCGCCAACCGAAGGGCUGUCAGUCCGCGGAGGGUCGAAGACCAGCUGAGCCGCGUGUCACAGAUGGAAAGACGGCAGCUGCCAGUGAAACCGCCCGCCAAGAAGACCCCCGAAACCAGAUGAAGUCCUUGAAUAGCAGUUUCUUAUUUGUGUGAAGUGACCCCUUAGUCGUUAAAUUAAAUGAUAAAGCGCAUUUCCAUUAAGAGAAAUCAAAGAACAUCA